CAACCGCCAUCAAACAUUAAGAAGAAGAAGACGCAGAAGGCGAAGAAGAAGUGUCGAGGUGUGUCAAGUUUAGUUGGUUAUAAUUAACCACUUUAUCAUAAUGAUGAACACACACGUCAACGGAUCUUUGUGGAAAUUGCAAUUUGUCAUGUUACUUGAGAUGCUAUGAUAGCUGAUCAAAUGGCGUGGGAAUGAGGCAGCAGACUUCAGCUUGCACUGUUUUCAUUAGACACACUUGUACUGCUGGCUGACAACCCACCCGACAGAGUACCCACUCAGCAGACAGGGCAGAGAUGGAGUUACCUCUGUUGGAAAAGGACGGCGCUCUGGGACAUGAAGAAGCUUGUGAAAGCCUUGACGCAAAACUAGGAGAAGAGGCCUUGGUCGCAGCCAUGUCAGGGCAAGAACAGGAAUCCAAAAUCCUCUCUGCUUUAAGCCCAAUAUCAAAUAAGCGUGAGAGGAAGAAAAAUCCAAGAUUUUCGGACUAUGAAAUGGAAGAGAAACCUGAAAACCCCUGUCCAAAACAAAAGCGAGGAGGAAGGCCUCCCAGAAAGUCCUCUGUGGACGCGGAAACUCCUCAACCAACUCUGCAUUGUGGUUCCAAAGCUGCAGAACCAACCGACCAGAGCCCUGAACAACAGAGUCCUCAGAAGAAGCGGCGAGGGCGCCCUCCCAAAGAUAAGUCCAAUAGUCAGCAAAGAAAUGAUUGGGAUAAGAAAGCUAUAGCACCAAGUGAUGGAGGGGACCAAGACACCGGGUCCCAUACAUCAUCUAAAGAACUUUCUCUGAAAUCUCCUGACAUUACCGCCAAAGGUAAACAGAAGACCCCUGCAAAGAAGAAACCUGACAGGAAAAUAAAAGACCUCUCAACAGAGGCCGAAAAGGCUUUUUCUGAGCAGCAACCAGUGGAGACGCCAAAGCCAAAGAGGAAGUACCUGAAGAAGAAGAAGGUGCCACCGCAGGAGAUGGCCCCCAUGUUACAAACUGACAUAGAGGAAACCCCCGCUAGGCCAGACCCAGAGACCAAUCUGGGUGGCCGUCCAAGAAGAAGUGCAGCUAAAACUGCGUUGAAGUACCUCCAUUCUCUGGCUCAAGAGAGCCUCAGCGGCCCAGAGGCGUCCGACUCACGCAGCGGGAGCCCAGACUCACUGUCGGACCGACCAGGACCCCGUCAAGGUGCAGCGGCGAUGAGGUGUAAGAAGAGGAGGCCAGUUGAUUGUGACGACUUUGAAGGAGAUGAAGAUUUCCUCCCCGGCGGUGGGGAUGAGGAGAUGCUUGACGACAUGGAGGACGAGGAGGACGAGGAGGAGACGGAGGGUCUUGAAUCGGAACUGGAACCUGCAAAUCAAUACUUAAAUAAAAGCAAUAUACUCCACAGAAGGGUUUUUGGCGUAGCCACUAACGGGAUCUCCAAUGCCAUGAUGAAGCCUGCGUUGGAUGCCUACAAGGCCAACAAGAAGUUCCGAGAAGAGCACCACAGUGACUCGGUGUUUCCAGAGUGGCUCCCCACGGUCAACGACUGGACCCUUGUUUCCAGCAGUGAGCUGGAGAAGUACUUACCCCGGGAGUUGCAGUCUGCUGCUUUCAAAGUCUCUAGAGAGGGCCUAGGCAACAAGGAGACACUGCAAAGACUCAACAGGUUCCAGGUCAGCGACCCCCACCCCGAGCGCCUGGACUGGACGGUGUUUGUGGGGGGUCCGGUGUGGGCCCUGGAGUGGUGUCCGCUGCCCGACGGGGCCACCGCCCACCAGUACCUUGCCCUGGCCUGCCACCAGGGCAUGGACCAGCAGCACGUCUUCAACCAGAUGUAUGCGGGAGCCGGCCUGGUCCAGCUGUGGGACAUGGGAGGGCUGGACUACAGCAGCAGGCCUGAGGCAGGCCCGGCGUCUCUAGUCUACGGCUUGGGCCAAGAGAAGGGCUUCGUCUGGCAGCUCAAGUGGUGUCCGGCGGGGGCCUGGGAGCCCCCCAACACCAGCAGAAAGGCUCCCUUCCUGCAGCGCCUGGGUCUGCUGGCCGUGGCCGUCUCCACCGGGGUGGUCAGCAUCUACAGCCUGCCUCACCCCCAGGCUCUGUGUUCCCCCUGGUCCUCAGAAGGAGACAGCCACGUUCCACCAGUGUAUCAGGCCAGAGAGGUGUUGACGCUGAGGCUGGGUGCCUCCAAAGCCCCCCACCAUGAUAAGAGCGGCCAGGUUCUGUCCAUGGACUGGCUGCCUGAGAAGCCUCACAACAUCAUGGCCAUCGGCUUCUAUGACGGUACGGUUGGUCUGUGGGACCUCUCCAGCUGCUCCUCUCUGCUACGAGUCUGUGAUCCCUCAAACGGCCUGACCCUCCUCCCCUACCGCUGCUUUGUUGCCCAUGACAACGCUGUGCGUGCCCUCUGCUUCUGCCCUGCCUCCAGCCAGGUGAUGGCGACAGGCGGCAACGACCGCAUGGUGAAGCUGUGGGACCUGAAGCGUCUCUACCAGCCAAUCAACGUCCAGAAACGCAACCUCACCACGGAGGUGUGCUGGCCCCUGGCCUCACCGGGAACCUUCCACUCCCAGGAGAUCAGCUACGCAUCACGUGGCCUGACCGGCGCCUACUACAACGACCUGGGCUACCGCAACGCCCGCUCAGUGUUCAUCACCCCAAGGACGGGCACGGUCUGGUCGUUGUCGUUCAGCGACUGGUGUAACUCCCUGGUGACUGGGGACGGUCUAGGGGAGGUCAUCUUCGCCCUGUUACCCGACUUCAACUGUACCAACCCCAGCCUCCGGCGGACUGUGGAGAGACGCUUCCCCAUCUACUUCACUGAUAUGGUGCGCUACGAUGCAGAGGAGGAGAGGGGAGGGAAAGGGGGUCGGGGAAAAGGGGAAAUGUCUCCUGGGCGGUUGAACAACAACAACCAUUCUGAGGAAGACUCUGCCAGCAGCGAUGAAGAGGAGAGGAGCCCAGAGGAGAGGCCUGCUGAAGGCCCCAGCACCCAGACAUACAGGGAGGCUGUGGAGAACUACUACCUCCACUUCUCAGACAGCAACCUGCGAAGCUUUAAGAAUUAUAAGAGGCGGGCGCCAUGGAAACGCAUGAAGCAAACGGAGGUGAAGACUGACCUGGACUUGGACAGGAUGCCCCUGGCUGCGCUACACAAGGUCCGCUUCAACCCCAACAUGAGCUGCCAUGCCUGGGUGGCCUCUGUGGGCCAGGCGGGGCUGCUGCGGGUCCACUGCCUCCACAACAUGAGCGGCUCCCACAUCAACACACAGCUCAGUGCUUUACCCACGGAGCCCGGGGGCCAGGAGGAAGAGGACCAGUGACCAGAUGGCUAGCCUGGAGACUCAGCAGCUCAGAGUGUACCGGGGCCUCUGAGACAGAUGGUGGCUGAACCCUAGCCUUGUUCAGAGGGGAGCUAGAUGACCUGAAGGCCACCGUGUGGACACUGAGUUAUCUUUUUCUAGAUUUUGGGAUGGGGGAGGGAAGGCAGUUUGCAGCUAAAUGACUUCCAACUGAAGUGGCUAUAUACUACCACCUGCUCCAUUGACUCCCACAUUGUACUGCUCAGGAAAAGGUUAGAGCCACUCAUCCCUUCAUAAGAACAUCAGUGUUACAGGGCAUUGGAUAGAGCUCCGUGGUUGUUUUAGAUUCUGGUGACGGCUCCACGCUGCAGCCGCAGCUUGGUACGAGUGAGGCGCUGUGCUGCGGCCCAGAGGGGGAAUGUCGUUCAUUUAUACUAAGCAAAUGUUUUAAAGCUGAUGGUUUUUUAUAUUUACAUAGUGACUUUUGCUGAACUAGAUUAUUAUUUUAUUUUUUUCUUGAUUGUCCCUCAUGAAACAAUAUUCAUUACACUGGUUGUUUAAAUUUAAAUUAAUCUUUUAGUUUUCUAGUACAGUUAAAUAUGCAAAAGGUAGUUUGCUGCUCUGCCACAUAACUUUCAUCCGAACUUAAAUAGUGUUUCAUGAUAUUUUUAUAUUCGAUACAGUCAUAACUUUCUGAAACACCUUUUUUCUUUCAAGAAGUAAUUUUGGAAAUGUUCGUAAUCUUUUAAAUUGACAAUUAUUGAAAGAAUGUUCCCCCCCUUGUGUGUUUAUUCAUAGACCCUGUUUGGAUAAUAGAAGCACUGAGAAUAUGCUUGGCUAAAAAUUAUCCAUUCAAAAACAAAUCGUUCUUCUAAACAUUUUGUAUAAUAAAUCAUCAAUCUAAAUAAAACUAUUUUUUUAAUAAA